CACAGCAAGUCUAGAAGAGGCGUGUAAGCAUUGAUCCUUCUCGCUUGGAAAUCAUUGCAACACAACGGCCUGAGAUGCGUCGUUCAAAUCCUGCCAGAGUGGUUGUAUAAGAAGUGGACUCACAAAUCCAUUUGCGGACUGCUACCAUUCAAAACGGUUGAAAUGAUGGGCUGGGUUACACUAGAUGUCGGGGAGAAGGCAAUUAUCUACAGUUUGGAGGGAGAGGCCAGGAUUGAAGAAGGACCUAAACGUAUGUUCCUAUGGAGGGAGAAAUAUUGCAAAUUAACAAAGCACUCAGCCAAUCAGAAUGAAUAUCUUGUGGUCAGAUUCCUGGAUGGAUGUGUGGAGCAUAUCCCAGGGCCCCACGUCAUGUUCAGCAACCCUGUGAGAAUUUCCAGUACUACCGUUCAGGAGGUCAUUGCCCUGGACGCCAGCGAGGCUCUGGUUGUCUACGCUAAGGAUAAGGAAACCGACACUGUCAAGCGAUACAUCAAGUAUGGCCCCUGUCAGUUCAUGCCCGCUGCCAGUGAAUGGCUCCAUGAUUUCCAAUGGCAUGGCACAGAUCCCCAAAACAAGACUCGCAUCAUCGGAGAUGGCCACAAGUUCAAAAAGCUGAAGAUCAUCCCAGACCAGUUCUAUUACAAUGUUGAUGAAGUACGGACUGCUGAUGACGCCCUCAUCCGAGUCAAGCUGAUGAUGUUCUACGAGCUGGUUGAUAUUGAAAAAAUGCUGAGCGCAACUAAGGAUCCAGUUGCUGAUUUUGUCAACUGCCUGUGUGCUGAUGUUGUGACAUAUGCAACUCAGAGAACGUACAUGGCGUUUAUUGAAGAGUCCAGCAAACUGAAUGACCUUGACAGUUACCCUCAGCUGUUGGAGAGAUGCAAGGCCAUUGGCUUUGUCGUGUCAAAGGUCGUGUUUCGGGGCUACUUUGCUCAUGACAAACUUCAGAAGUUGCAUGACCGCUCAAUCGAUAAGCGAAGUCAGCUCAAGAUCCAGUACGAACAAGAGGAGCAGUUCCAGAACCUCACAGACGUCAAGCUGCACAAUGAGAUGCAGAGGCUGCAGCAGGAACAAGCCAUGGAGCUUCAGCAGGUGACACACCAGCAGAGGAUGGAGAAGGACAAGCUGACUCACACUCUUCUGAUGCAGAGGAAGGAAGCUGAUGACAGCCUGACCAAGGACUCGCUGGAGAGACGGGCACAGCUCAACGCCCAGAAGGCGAGUGAGGAACAGGAUUUGAACCAUCUGGUGAAGCUGUCGGAACUGAACGUGUCCCUGACCAGCUACCUGGUGGCAGACUCCGCCCGACCCGCCUCUGUCACCCGCAUCCUGGCCAACUCCCCAACCGUACACCUCCACCACAACGGGAUGGGGACAGGUGCCACUUCCAGUCAGGAUGGUGCUCCUUAGCUUAAACCACUGAGGACCAUGAUGCAUAAUCUCUUCAACUUCGAGACGGAACACGGGGACAUCUAAGUGCCCUCUUUCUUACAAGACUUUUCUCAUCUUGAGGACCAGGUGAACCAUUUCACUGUAUAUCAAGUGGCCUUGUACAUCUUCAUCCCAAAGCUGGGUUUGUUUCCCCACAUGGGUACAAUGUGUAAAUCCUAUUCUCCAUGUAGCUCUAUGUGAUAUUGAUUGAGUGUGACAAAAAUGGUUCACUGUUGGUUUUGAUAACAGAUAUCAGGUGAUCAUAUUUGCACUUAUUUUCUUAUGGAAACUCCUAUUGCAUAGCAUGUUUUGUUUGUUUGUUUGUUGUUUAACGCCGCACUCAGCAAUAUUCCAGCUAUGUGAUGGCGGUCUGUGAAUAAUCGAGUCUGGAUCAGACAAUCCAGUGAUUGACAACAUGAGCAUCG